UGGCCCUUGCUGAGCGACUACAUCGAGAAGGAGUACUUAGGUCAGUUAACGUCCAUCCCAGGGUACCUGAACCUGUCCAGUCAGACUGAGAUCCUGCACUUCAUAGACAACGCCAAGAGAGCCCACCAGCUGCCCGGACACCUGACGCAGGAGGACGAUGCGGUCAUCAGCCUGUCGGCCUACAAUGUCAAGCUGGCCUGGCGGGACGGCGAGGACACCAUCCUCCGGGUGCCCAUCCACAACAUCGCCGCCGUGUCCUACGUGCGGGACGGCGCCUCGCACUUGGUGGUCCUGAAGACAGCCCAGGACCCCGGCAUCUCCCCCAGCCAGAGUCUGUGUGCGGAAAGUUCCAGAGGCCUCGCCACAGGCUCUCUGUCUGAGAGUGGAGUGGGGCCUAUGGAGGCCUGCUGCCUGGUGAUCCUGGCCACGGAGAGCAAGGUGGCGGCGGAGGAGCUGUGCUCGCUGCUCGGGCAGGUCUUCCAGACCGUGUACACCGAGUCCAUCAUCGACUUCCUGGACAGAGCCAUCUUCGACGGGGCCUCCACCCCCACGCACCACCUGUCCCUGCACAGCGAUGACUCCACCAAAGUGGACCUGAAGGAGCCGUAAGAGGCGGACGCCAGCAGCUUCUCCUUCCCCGAGUGCGUGCCCACGGCGCCCCACGCCAAGAAGGCCAGCGAGAGCGAGCUGAGCGCCACGGCCUCCGAGCUGCUGCAGGACUACAUGCUCACGCUGCUCACCAAGCUGUCCUCGCAGGAGAUCCAGCAGUUUGCGGCGCUGCUGCACGAGUCCGACGGGGCCUCCGUGCACGAGUUCUGCAUCAACCUGCGGCGGCUCUACGGGGACAGCCGCAAGUUCCUGCUGCUGGGUCUGCGGCCCUUCAUCCCCGAGAAGGACAGCCAGCACUUCGAGAACUUCCUGGAGACCAUCGGGGUGAAGGACGGCCGCGGCAUCAUCACCGACAGCUUCGGGCGGUACCGGCGGGCCGUCAGCUCCGCCUCCACCUCCACCUCCAACGGGAACAGAGUGGCUGGCAGCUCCGACGACCAGUCUGUGCCCUCGGAGGGGGACGAGUGGGACCGCAUGAUCUCGGACAUCAGCAACGACAUCGAGGCGCUGGGCUGCAGCCUGGACCCUGACUUGGCCUAACACCCGGCCGUGGCUGCCUCCCCGCCCAGGGCCGGGCCAGGCCUCCUACUGUGAAGGAGACGGGCAGAGGCUGCUGAGCGCCCGCCCGCGGAGCCCGGACAGCGGUAGUUUUGCACAUGACGUUCCUAUCGAAACUCGGAGACCUUAAAGAAAUGGCUGCAAUGUGAAUACUUUUUAAAAAAA